ACAUUAUAAAAUGUUUAAACGUACCGCUGUUUUCUGAGAUUUAAAUUGUUGGUUGAGAACCUCUAUGAGCUUACCAACUCAGAUAAAUAUUCUACGAUCACAUGAGGUAUGAGAAUACUCUAGUAUUUCGUCAGAAAGUUCCGUCAUUGCAACGAAUUUUUUUGUCAAUCAAACGAGAGAAUAUCAUGGCAUCAAUUACCUUGCCGGCUUCUGUAAGAUUUGUACGUCUUGCAGUCGAGAAUUUCUACCAAAUUAAUAAAAACAUUAGUCUACGGACAUUACGACCAAAAUAUGCUUCAUUAUUUCCACAAAAAGCAUUUAGCACAGCAACUGAAGAGAGAAAGACAGAAGGUGGUGAGACGCAGCCUCCAGUACAAGAUACUAAUGAAAUAGAAAAAAAGUUUAAGACUGAACUAGAACUCUUAAAUAAGGAGAUUGCUGAACUCAAGGAGUUUAAUGCCAAAUUGAAUGACAAAUACAAGCGUGCAUUGGCUGAUAGUGAAAACCUAAGAGUCCGUUUGACCAAACAGAUUGAGGAUGCCAAACUUUUUGGUAUUCAAGGGUUUUGCAAAGAUCUCUUGGAAGUGGCAGAUAUCCUUGGUAAGGCUACAGAAAGUGUACCUAAACAUGAGCUUACAGACAGGAAUCCUCACUUAAAAAGUCUAUAUGAAGGUUUGAUAAUGACUGAGACUCAAUUACAGAAGGUUUUCAAAAAGCAUGGGUUAACAUCAGUUAAUCCACUUAACGAAAAAUUUGAUCCAAAUCAACAUGAAGCCUUAUUUGAGCAGGAGGUAGAAGGUAAGGAGGCAGGAACUGUUGUGGUUGUAUCAAAAGUUGGGUACAAAUUACAUGAACGAAUAGUCCGACCUGCUCUUGUCGGAGUUGCCAAGGCGUAAUUCAGAUCAAGCAGCCUGUGAAGAAAUCCUAGGCAUUGAAACCCAUAUUUGCACUUUGGUGUUAAAUGUUAUCCAAUAAAAUAUCCAUAACUCACUUUUAUUUAAA